GGUAUUUCGAGUAACACGUGGUUAUUUCAGUGUCCUUCGGGCUGUCGUCUAUAGUAUGUACAAAGUUACAGAUGAGCAAGGAGAGAAGUUUUAAGAAGUGCUUCGACAUCUCAUGUUUUCUUUUUAGUGUUUUCCAUGGACUGUGUUUAUGCUUCUGUUACAGGUUGUACCGAGAAACACGUAUGCUGUACAAACUGUUCGUACAGAACUUUGAACUGCUCCCGGGGAGUGUCGAACGCACCGCCGCAGACAUGUUGCUGCGCCCUUCAGCGCCAUCAGGGGGCAGCGUAGCAUCUUCGGCGUCGUCUCAUUGCCCCCGAGCCCACUGCACAGGAAGUACGUCAUCACGUAUCGACGUACGUCCGAUGUGGUUGUUUGGCUUCUCUCAGCUGCAUUUAGCGCGGAUCCUCUAAGAACAAUUCGCGACGUCGGAUUCGAGAAGCCCGCUCGCGGUAUGGCAGAGGACAAGAAAUACGACCCGUUGCAUUACUUCAUGAGUGGCGACCUCAGCAGCAGCGAUUCUGAAGACGAUGGAGGGGGAAGAAGCCGGAUUGCAGACCUCGAAGAGCGCAGGCGCCGUGUCGCUGCGAGUGGUGGAGAGUCGGAGGAGAAGGGACGGGCAGCCGCCGGAGCGCCGUUGCCGAAACCGGAGGAGCUCUUUAAGUGUGUGUCCAAGCCGGCCUUCCUCUACAACCCCCUGAACAAACACAUCGACUGGGAGAGCCGCAUCGUGAAAGCACCCGAGGAGCCUCCGAAGGAAUUCAAAAUGUGGAAGACAAAUGCUGUGCCCCCGCCGCAGUCCUACGUCACAGAGGAGAAGAAGAGGGCUCUUCCCGGCAGGGAUAUGGCCAUCAAAUGGUCCAAUGUCUACGAGGAUAAUGGGGAUGACGCUCCACAGUCCGCUGCGGGAAAAGCACGCUUUCUGCCAGACGAGGAACAGCUUUCUCAUUCCGAUGAGGAGAAGGACGGUCCCAAGUCUGCAAAGAAAAGAAAGGUAGAGAGCUUUCAGCAGAAGGAGAAGAGGAAGCGAGAUCUUGGCCAGGCGACCUCGGACAAGAGCUUUGUGGAGGAAGAGAAGAGGAUAUUACGGCAAAGCCUCUUCUGAUCCCCGCGGUGUUACAUCUGGUGACUGUCAAACUUUACUGCUGAGAGUCACGUGCCAGAGAGCUUUUCAUCAGUGGCUCCACGCUUCACUUGUGACCAUUUACAUAUUGCCCUGGAUAUGUCUGACGUAUGAGGGUACGUCAAAAUCUGCUAUGUAUUUAUAAAAUUGAAUACAGAGAGAAUGCAGUGUUCUUAAACAUAAUUUUUCAAAACAGUUUCCUAGGUUAUUAACACACUUAGGCCAGCAUUGGACAAGCAUCUGUAUGCCCUGAGGAAAGAACAACAGAUUUUCUCUGUUUGCCAGAGCUAUGUCAUGGACAUAGUCAGUUUUGUCAGCAGUAAUGGAUGUGCACAGGCAACCUCGUCAUUCUUUGUCUGCGACACUUGCGUGGCAGUUUUUGAAUUUUCCCACCCUUUCGUGCUCACUUUUCCGGGACAAAAUGUUUCCAUACUGUGCUGAAAGCGGGCGAAGGAUCUGUCUUCCAGAAACACCUUCAGCUCAAAAAAAGCAGAUAAGAGCACAGUGCCACUUAUUUAGUGCACAUGGAAAGGGAAGUAGAUAUGUUCACAGUGGUAUAAUAUGCCAGCAGUUAACAGGAGUAGAAUGGACCUGUGUCAUAACUUAGACAAACAAAGCUCACACAUGCGUGUGCAACUGCCAUUGCAGCCAACAAUAUAGAAAACUUAAAAGUAAACAUGCACUUCCUCACUUACCCUCAUAUAAUGUACAUUCUAGAGAAGAGAGAGCUUGUUAAAUAUUUUUACAUUUUCAGUGAUUGUGAUUUUUUUUUUAUGUGAAACUCCUUUCUGGUGUUUGUAAUAUUAGUCAGUUGCAAUGCAAUCAGUCUCAUUAAUAAAUAGCUCUAAACAUCUUG